AUGCCUGCAGUCACAGCUUCCUCUAAAGACCUGGUAGAGAGGCAGCAGGGGUCGCUUGUCCUUUUCCCAGGAGGGGAUGAGGGCGGGAGUGAGACGGGGAGCCAGGGUGUGUGCCCAGCGAGCCCUGGGGACUUGGGCCACACAGAAUCACCUGGGGGCUGCCUAGGCCCCGAGCAGCUCCCUCCCUCUAGCCGGGGGACAAGGGAGAGGUACCCUUUUGUUCCCCCACCCCCACCCUUCUCUCUGUUCAGGUCAGGGAGCACCGAGGCUUUCCCCAGGGGCAACCAUGCCACCCUGGGCAUCCGACCAAGAGGGAACACGCCCCUGGUCCUAACUUGUCAGCUUUGCUGCCAGCUCCUCAGUGACCUAACUUGCCCCAGCCACCUCACCCCGCCUGGCCUUUUCUCAGCCUCUAAACCAGUUAGGGCAACUGAACAGACCGCCCUUGAGUCACUCACUGUUCCAUUCUAG